GGAGACUCCUCAGCCCUGGUGGUAGCUGAAUUACGGCUGUAAGACACUGCCAAAAAGCCUGUGUGGAUCCUUGGUAAAAUGGAUGCCAUGCACAAGCUGAAGAUUUUGGUGAUGUUUCUGGCUCUGGCUAUUUUCCUGGCUAUGGUGAUACUGAAUGCUGGAAAUGCCACUGGAACAUUCAAAGGUCUGUUCAGGUCAACUCCUGGAAACAUCUCAGCGAAGUACAACACUGACUUCACACCAGCUGGCUGGACUUUCCUCAUCUGGAAUGUCAUCUAUGCCUGGCAGCUUGCCUGGCUCCUCUAUGCCUUGUCGGGGAUCUGUAGAAGGAAUGAAUUUGGAUGUGUCUACAUAAAGCCAGACUUGCUGCCAAUACCUUUUUAUGCAGUGUGGAUACUCAAUAAUGGCCUCAAUAUUUCAUGGCUGUUACUGUGGGACCGAGAAUGCCUCCUCCCAGCCCUGGUGCUCCUGGCAGCUCUCACUUUUACUACAUAUGCCUGCCUCUUCAUUUCACACCGAGCCUUGAGAGCCCAUUCCUCGUGGCUUGUGAAGGGUCACAAAGCUGAGCUCUGGCUCAUCCGCAUCCUAGUCCAGAAUGGGCUGGCGCUGUAUGCAACAUGGACCAGCAUUGCCACCCUGCUGAACUUUGCCAUUGUGCUGAUCUACAAGUGGAAUGUGGCCAAUGAGACAGCAACGACUGCCUGUCUCAGCAUCCUUGGUCUCGGCCUAGUGAUAUGGUUUUAUCUAGAAAACUUUGUCCUUGACAAGUAUGUCCGCUAUAACCUCACAGUCUACCCAGUGGUCAUAACAGCUCUGACUGGCAGCGCAUGCAAGAACUUCUUGCUUUCAUUCCCAACAACAAAUGGUGUUUUUAUAGUUGUUCUGCUGGCAAUUACUUGCUUCAUUUUUGCUAUUCGGCUGGGACUCGUUGCAUGGAGACACUUUAGGAGACCAUUGGAAGCAUCAGAAGACUCAGACCCAUCCCGCACAGUGGCCUGAGACGUCUGGCAUGUUGUGGCAGACACCUUAAAUGGAGAAAAAAGAAUUAGCAUCUGCUGGUCUGUCCUUCCAGUAUCAAUUGCCUUAUGCUCUUCUGUUUCUUUCUAUUCCAAAUACAGAUGCUUGUCUGCAAACCUCUCCUGCUCCUACAUUCCCUCAGAUCAGCUACUUGCAGCCCCACCUUGAAUCUGUGCCCUUCUUCAUUUGGUUUGACUCUGGAUCAGUGGAGGAAAAGGUCCUUCAGCUGAACAGCCCUGUACACAUCUGUGAUAGAGCUGUGGCUCUCUGUUCCUGCCAGUGCAAUGGGGGCUGUCAAUAGGCACUAUGCAGGCUUGCACAGACAAUUGUUUAUGGCUUUUCCUUGGUAGCUAAUUUUCCUUAAAGCCAAGGUGAGCAGUGAGAUGUUUGUCAUUCCUCUGACCAUUCAGUGCUGGGUUUCUGCAAGCCCUUUUGGUGUGAGCAGAAAUCCUGCAGGCAGCAACUGCUCCCUUUCCUGCUUCUUUUCCCACAUGAUAAAGAGAUACUACAAUUCUAGAUACCUACCUGUGCUGUGUCAGCUCUGUUUGAUAUCCAAGGGGGGAGAGAAGCAGUGACUGAAUAUUUCUGACACAAAUGCAAACCUUCAACUUAUUUCUGUUUGUAGCUCUGGAAACUGAAGAUGCAUUCACCUUUCAGCAUACAGUAAGGUAUCUGGCUCUCUGCCCUGGUUUUUCCCUUUCUCAAUUACAUUAGUCACUGUGUCACCGCCUCUGUCUCUGAACCCACAAUAACAGCAGCUUCGCUGUUCCUGCUCUGCCUAUAAGACAGAAGAGAUCUGGGUCAGGCAGGAGCAGCGGGUUGCCUUUCCCUGAGCUGUGCAGUGCAGUUCGUGUUGGCUGGAUGCCUCCUGCUGGAGAACGGUUUGUAGCCACGCUAGCAGGAGGUGAGAUGUGCAGAUGAGAUGGUACCUGCUCUGGGGUGAAGCCUGCUGCUUCAAAGGAAGCCUGUUCAAGGGAAAAAUAACUUGAACUGAUAACGUAAGUUCAUUCUGGAUUGGUGCUUUCUCAUGUAGCUUCAUCACAGGAAGCCUAAAAGUGGAUUGACUGAGUUGUCAGACCACUGCCUCUAUUUCCUGUGCCUACUUGAGAGGUAAUGGUGCCUUGCUGCUGGCUUGAAGUGUUUCUACAUGGCAGAUGCUUUCAGAUGCUGAAUAUCUUGCAAUUGUCUAAAAUACCAUGUGCUAUCAUUUACAUUUAACAAAACUAAAUCAGCGUCAUGCAAUUCC